GGCAUCUGACCAGGAACAAAUACUCCAUCUGGGUCCUGUUUUGGUGCAAACAUUUCAGUUCUGGUAAUUUCAUUUUGGUUUUCUGAAUGGGCCUCUCUGGAUUGCCAUGUUCAUUUGGGGCUUGGCCUAGAGAAGGCCAACCUUUAGUAUCAGUGCUGAGGGACCAGUGAGAUGGCUCAGUGGCAAAAUGUACAUGCUUUCAAGUCUGAUGGCCUGAGUUCAGUCUCUGGCACUCACAUGGUGCAAAGAGCAAAACCAACUCCUGAAAGCUGACCUCUGACCUCUGUACAGACACCAUGGGACACGCUCACCACACACAUGCAAAACAGGUGAGGAAUCCAUCAACUCACUGGGCAUGAUCCUCGGAGUGGGACUGUCACUGCUGCUUGUGUCCAUCCUCGGCUACAGCUUGGCCAAGUGGUACCAGCGUGGAUACUGCUGGGAUGGGCCUAAUUUUGUCUUCAACUUAUACCAGAUCCGGAACCUGAAGGAUUUGGAAGUGGGGCCACCCUUCACCAUCAGUGGCCACAUGAGCAGUCCAGAUGGUGGCUACAUGAAGUUCUCCAAUGAAAGAGUCUGAUAGAGAUGCAUCUAGCCUCUGGAGGUCAGGAGAGGUUCAGACUAACGUCUCCCAAGCACCUGCUUUGCUCAGUCUUCCAUGACCGUCAUAAUCAUCUCGAUGCUUCUCGACUGCUUCCACCUGCAUUCAAAUGCUUCCUGGACAUGAAUGGAAAAGUUCUACUCAUUCAUGCAUUCAUUUAUGCACUGAACGUUUAUUGAGCACUCAUUACUCUGCACUACCAUUGAUUGGGCGUAGACGGCACAGAGAUCAAUCAAGAGGAGUUCCUGCGGCCAGCGAGCUGGAAUGAGUGCUGGCUAAAGGACCUUGCAUGAAAGUUGUGGGCCCAGAGGACUAAGGAAAAGAGUCAGCUUCAGGACUAUCCCCACCUGACAGACCCAAAGGCUCAGGUCCAUACAGACUCCUUUGAAAGAAUAGCUCAUGCCUAGAACCCAGGGAAGCGGGCUUUCCUUUCCCUGGGGAUGCUCUUGGGACCUCUCCAGCCUAAUAGUCUUGCUGUGGUCCUUGGUUAAUCUUAGUGGACCUUGCUGUGGUAGCUGGUUAGCUCUUCUUAGUGGACCUUGCUGUGGUAGCUGGUUAGUCUUGUUGGAUCUUGCUGUAGUAGUUGUUCAGCCUGAGUGAACAGAUACCGUGUGUUUGCCCUGCCUCCCACACUCCACAUCAUCCCAGGGUCUAGAGCCGUGGCUAUAUUACCUAUGCUGGCUCUUCGCUAGCCUUGUAUCCUGGGCCCAGAUCUUCUACGGCCUGUCACGGACUCCAUGUCUGAGCCUUUCCACCUCCACUUAGCGUAGUUACUAUAUCACACACCUGAGUGCACCCAGCACCUACCAGGUGUCUCAUACUACUGCAGGUGUGGAGGGCACCAAAAGUGAGACUUCACACUUCCCAUUUCAUCUUCCCAGGGUGGCCCCAUCGUGACAAGCCACAUGUUGGAAGCACACUCAGGGUCUGAGCGGCCAAGGGGUUGCUUUGCAGAGGACACGUGGGCAACCUUGGACCAGCGAAGUGGAAGAAGAGCUUCUGGGACUGAGGAACUGGCAUGAAUAGAAGGCCAGAGGCAUGAGCAGCGCAGUUUGUUGGGGGGGAAGGCAGGUGGAUGUGAGGGCUGGAGGGGAGGAGCGGUGAGGGUGUGAAAGGGAAGAAAUCAGAAGGGACAGGAGCCAGGAGGGUGGUUCUGAAGAAGCUUCUGAGCAGAGGCUUUGAGUGUUGUCUUACAAGUUGGCCAGUAGAACUCAAAGCUCAAAUUUGCAAUUUCAAUCCUUCAGCUCAGUAGACAGCUGAGAUUAUUUAGUGACAAGGGAUGCUGGAGGGAAAACAACAAACAACAAACAAACCUGACUAGGAGGCUAUGGCAAGUGGUACCAGAGAGGGCUGAUGAAGACUCCAGAUGGACAGGCAUGGAAGAAGCAGAUUGGGAUAGCUGCAAGACCACCAAAGAGGCCAGGCCAUAUAAUGGUCCCUUUUCCAUUAGGCAAAAUCUGCAAGAUCCCCUUGGCUGUGUGCGUGGGGUUAUUAUUAACCAUUCUGAAUUCUGGGAACCAGUAGAGACGAUCGGAAUUAAGAAGAAAAUGGUGACUCCAAUUUGGAGACAUGAGGAGUAAACCACUUUAACCCCUCUGGAGGCAUUGGAGAAAUGAAUGUGGAUUGGCAGUUGUGGAAACAGGAGUUGCUGGGGCCCCCCAUGAAUGCAUUUUUGGGGGAUUCUGGACAGUCGCUAAAGAUGAGAAUUGUUGUGUUGAGGGGUGGUGAGUUCCUGCAGAGAGGCUGCAGGGCUGUAAGGUGCAGCCCACGCAGGCAUCAAGCAUACUGUGUGUAGAGUGUAGUCCGUGAAUGGGGCUGCUCUUCUAAAGAGCUGCUUACGAAGGGAAGGAGGAUGGUGGGUGGCACUAUGUCUGCCCUUCCCCGCUCAUGCUCACUCCAGAGUCCCUCAACUCUGUGGAUGGGAUAAUUCACUACAGGGAAUACUUGACUGUUAUGUCACCCCCGGUUAUGGGCUGUGGCUGUCUGAAGAUCCCCGAGGCUGCUGGCUGGGGUCUGAGGUGCACAUGCUGAGCUCAGGCAUGGUUCUAGACACUGUAGGCCAAUAGAAUGGCUGCCCGCCUUUCCUAGAGCUAGCAAGUUAGAAGUCCUCUCCAGACCUGUCUUCUCAUCUCUGUGCCAUGACGACAGAUCCACCCACGAUGCAAGCUCAUAGAGAACACAGAGCACUUGCCUCAAAAUGCCCAGUCCUAAGCCCUAAUCCAGUGCCAGGACUAUCCUGAGAGCUACUUAAAUAUCUUCCCUCUGAAUGAAAUACGACCAUUGAGCCGAAGCUCAGAAUCUUCUAGGUCCCCAACAUCUCUGUCCUGGCCACACCAUGUUGUCCCUUUUGUACCCAUGCCAUGCACUGCUCUUUAUCAGGUUCAAGUGGCGCUUAACACUUGACUCUUUCUUUCUUUCUAUCCAGCCUGUUGUCCUGUCUUCCUUUCUCUGUAUUGUCAUUUGAAUUUGUUCCUUCUUGAUUCCCAUUGCCCUCGCUCAAUACACACACACACACACACACACACACACAUCCAUAUAGAUUAAUUGUUGGUGUCCCCGCCCACCCCUCAAUGUUGAAGUCCUAACCUCUAAUGUGAUGGGGAUGGAGCUUCAUGAUGGGAUUAGUAUCUUCAUAAAAGGAAGAGACCCGAGUCUAUUUCCAUCAUGGGUGGUAUAGCUCCAAGUUUCCUGUAGACAAGGAAGAGGCCCCCAGCGGGAGCUGGAUGAGCUAGAACAGUGAUCCUCAGUUUCCCAGCUGCCAGCAUGCUUCUGGUUAAAGCCCUUCCCCGUUGCUAGGUGCUCUCCCAUAGCCAGAGCGAAGGCAGCUUCUCACCCUGCUUAUCUACUCCUGGCCUCAUCCCUGGUGCAGGAUACUGGUUUCUUUCAUGGCACUUAUCACAGAUGGCAACACCCGUUAGUACUCAAAUGCUUGGCGUUUCCCUUCAUAUCCAGACAAUCAGCUCCAUGGAGCGAAGGCUGAAUCUCACA